UCUCCCCUCCCUCCCUCUUUCGUUCCCUUCUUUUCCUUCCAGUCUGCUUCUUCUUCUGUUGUGCCGUUGGCUUUGGUCAGGGAACUGGGGGAGGGAUCUCGCGAUUGUUGGGACUUUUUUUUUUUUUUUCCGGGGGGGGGAGAGUUAUUCGGAAGAUGGCGCCCGUUGUAACGGGGAAGUUUGGUGAGCGACCUCAGCCACAGCGAUUAACAAGGGAAGCCAUGAGGAACUACUUGAAGGACAAAGAUGAUCAAACGGUGCUCAUUCUACACGCAAAAGUCGCACAAAAGUCAUAUGGCAAUGAAAAAAGGUUUUUCUGUCCUCCACCGUGUGUAUAUCUGAUGGGCACCGGAUGGCAAAAGAAGUUGGAAAAAAUGGAGAAGGAGGGCUGUACUGAGCAGGAGGCCCAGCCUUGUGCCUUCAUUGGAAUUGGCAACAGUGAGCAGGAGAUGCAGCAGCUCAAUCUGGAGGGCAAGCACUUCUGCACAGCUAAGACGCUGUAUAUCAGUGACUCAGAUAAAAGGAAGCACUUCAUGCUAUCUGUAAAGAUGUUGUAUGGAAACAGUGCCAACAUUGGAGUCUUCUUCAGCAAGAGGAUCAAGGUCAUCUCCAAGCCCUCCAAGAAGAAACAGUCCUUGAAAAAUGCUGAUUUAUGUAUAGCAUCUGGGACAAAGGUGGCCUUGUUUAACCGCCUGCGUUCCCAGACGGUCAGUACCAGGUAUCUCCAUGUGGAGGGGGGAAACUUUCAUGCCAGCUCUCAACAGUGGGGUGCCUUCUACAUUCACCUCUUGGACGAUGAUGAGUCUGAAGGGGAGGAGUUUGCUGUAAGAGAUGGCUAUAUUCACUAUGGCCAGACAGUCAAAUUGGUUUGUUCUGUGACUGGCAUGGCCCUGCCAAGACUGAUCAUUCGAAAAGUGGACAAGCAAGCAGCUUUAAUGGAUGCUGAUGACCCGGUGUCCCAGCUUCACAAGUGUGCCUUUUACCUGAAAGAUACAGACAGGAUGUAUCUCUGUCUAUCACAGGAGAGGAUCAUCCAGUUCCAGGCUACACCGUGCUCCAAAGAGACCAACAAGGACAUGAUUAAUGAUGGUGCUUCAUGGACUAUCAUUAGUACUGACAAAGCAGAGUACACCUUUUAUGAGGGCAUGGGCCCCGUGCCCACACCAGUAACACCUGUCCCUGUGGUUGAAAGCCUGCAGUUAAAUGGUGGAGGAGAUGUUGCUAUGUUGGAGCUGACAGGACAGAACUUCACCCCUAACCUCAGAGUUUGGUUUGGAGAUGUGGAGGCAGACACCAUGUACAGAUGUGGGGAGAGCAUCCUUUGCGUGGUGCCAGACAUCUCUGCCUUUAGGGAGGGUUGGCGCUGGGUGAGACAGCCAGUUCAGGUCCCUGUCACGCUGGUUCGCAGUGAUGGAAUCAUCUACGCCACUGCCUUGACCUUCACGUAUACCCCCGAACCAGGGCCAAGACCUCACUGCAGUGCUGCUGGAGCUAUUCUGCGGUCACACAGCACCUCUUCAUCAUCACCCGCAUCUUCAUCCUCACCUUCAUCUUUGAUGGGUGUGCUUGGGGAUGGCCACGGAGCCUACAGCAGUAGUGACUCUGGCAUGUCGUCUGGGACUUCAGCUAUGUCGGUGCUGUCAUAG